CAGACGCUGGGAACACAGCUCGGCUCAAAUGCCCUCCCCAGCCCGCAUCAGCCACUCCGGGCUUGGGGUCUAGACAGCUAGUGAGGGGGACCCCUGCACAGACUUCCCGGGGGUUGGUGGGGUCCCGGAGCGGUCCAAGUUCAGACCGGAGCCGCGGCGCUCUCUCUCUCUCUCUCUCUCUCUCCCUCUAACUCUCCAGUCUCUAUUUCUCUCUGUCUCUGUGUUACACACACACACACACACACACACACACACACCCAUGGGGAGCUGCCCUGCCCCGGGGUUCCCGAGAACCACGUCAGCUGGGUACCGGCUGCCCUUGACCAGACUGUCAGCCUUGGACUCCUCCACGGCCCCGGGUGGCCCUGCGGUGGGCAGGGGUCUCGCCGGCAGUCGCCAAGCCCCCCAGGCCCCAGAAGCAGAGCGGUUGGGCCAGGGGACAGACGGUGUGAGGCAGGAUCAGCUGUGGAGGGAGCUCGUGGAGGCCGAGAGGAGGGGCCAACAGCGCUGGGCUCAGCACUGGAGUUUCCUGAAAGACUACGACCCCUUGGGCAACAGGAAGGAGCCUGUGCAGCUGCCGGAGCACGUGUCUCUCUUUUCCGACACAGUCCCCAACUCCGCCAACCAGGUGGUGGGCAGCAGGGUGAACACGCCCCUGGGGCAAACCCUCAUCGGGAUGGACUUCUUCUGUGUCAGUGGAGUCCGGAAAAAGAAGCUGGAAGCCGAGCUGCAGCCCGUGUAGGGGGAGGAGGCAGUACCCGCUGCUGAACAACCGAACCAGAGGCCCCGGGGAUUCCCACCGCGCGGGCGAAGGCAGGAGCAGCUGGCACGCAAAUCACAUUCUCUGACAAUUAGCAGACUUUACCGAAACCACGGGGCACACUCAGUCCACCGUGGAGACCCCCUCUGCACAUAACACCUAAAAUGAUGCCUGGACACGCCUGAGACUCGCCCCAAACCCAGGAGAGCCGGAGUGCUCCCCCUCAGUGCUCCCGAGGGUCGCCUCCUCUUCCGGGCACAUCCUGUUCCCUGCCUGAUGCCCCCCACACCCGGGCCCUCUUCCCUCUCCAGCCUCAGCCACUCACUGGACAGAACCCAGAACUGCAGGUCCACGGCCAAGUCCAGUGGAGUCCUCGUGUUCAGAGCAGCAGAGGACUUUGGAAGAGUCAGGGAGACAGGACGUGGAGGUCGGGGAGUGCUCCUUGCCCUGAGGCGGUCACAGACACAGCCGCGGCCCUACAAUCUGUCUGACGCAGAGCCCUCAGAGCCCUCAGAGCCCUAAGCGUCCGGAGACGGGAAACCCACAGGCUGAGCCGCACAGACUUCAAACAAAAUCUCCCACUCACCCUGCGGGGGCCUCAGCCGUCAGCCUCCAGCCCGGGUACCCAGCCACAUCAGAGAGCAACAGCGCAGAUGAGAUUUGCCCUGCAGAAUUCCCGCCACCCAGUAAGGCACAGUAAACAGAAAUCGUGUCUUCUGUCCAGAGCGUGGGAACAUUGUCAUGGUGCCACAUGCUGAGGGCGUGGUCACGUGAGGCCCCUUGCGGUGACAGCAGCCCAACAAUGAACAAUGAAGCUGGGGGUACCAGACGCAGCGGCAGUCCGCCUUCUCACGUGACUGAUUCCCGCCAAGCAGGAGCACCCCCAGGAGGCUCAGAGGGCAGAAGACACCACCCCAGGAUGCUUCUAGAAGUACAGAGACAUAGGAAUGCGGGUCCUUCUGGGACACCUGGGUCUUGAAGCCUAGGGGCAGACCCCAGUUUCAAGAGCACUGGGCAGCCACGGUGGCAGCUUCCUGUGGUCGUGGACAUGCCCCCUCCCAGGGCAGUUCUUCAGUGAGCCUUCUGUUCCUUCCAGACUCCUGCUCGUAUCUGCUUCCUCAUCCUUACACUGCUCAACACCAGGCAGUCAUACCUAAGCUAACUACAGAGGGCGAUUGUGUGGUCUGUCGCUGGACCUUCACGGACACAUUCCUCUUGGCGGAGAACUUCCAGACCCCUCAAAGUUCCAGAACAUUCUGUUGUCUCCUGGGACCCUGUCUGGGAGGCUCGCCCGGCCUCAUUUUGAAUUUACCAGAGCGAGCAACCUCACAAGCAUGCAGAUCUGUGACACAAAGGAAAAUAAUGUUGACCUUUCUGUUCCCAAAGGCUGUGGCGGUAGUGAGUGUGGGCUGCUAUCGAGACCCCUUGAAUUUGGAAGAUGAGUCAACAGGAUCUUCAGGGCAGGU